AACAGCCUCUCUCUAUUAUGAGUCACAACAACAUAACUUAAAUCACUACGGUUAUCAAACGACUGUAUACAUGUUAAUUUAUGUCUAUUCGGUCUAAGAUUAAGAACAAUAAUUAAGCAAGAAUAUAGUAAGACAAACGCACGGGUGUGUAACAGACGGAAGCUCCUGUAUAAUGAGAGGUUGAAGCUGUGUCUGAAUUACCAUACCGGUGUAACAGGAGGAAAAUCGUCCAUCACGUUACUGUAGAAGGAUAUUUACACAUAAAUUAAUAAACCCUUAUAAGAUGAAUUCACAUUUAAUGAACUUCUAAGUGGGGAGAGAUGCCUGAGCCAUUUUCUGAGCACUUGGAAGCUCAGGCAAGCAUCAUACUUCAUCCUGGGUCACGAUAUUUACGUAUUGGUCGUCCCUCGGACUCUGUUCCUCACUCAAUCCUCCAUGCCAUUGCUCGUAAGAGACGAAGUGGCGUGUCGGAGUACAGUGACCCUUUUCUGAUUCCUCAAGCCAAGUUGGAUGCAGAUGCUGUACAAGAGUUGGAAGAGUGUCGACUGAAGGUUAGUCACAUCCUGCAGUCGUCUCUCAUGUCAGAUGGAUCCCGGCGCUUCGCUACACCUCCCCAGCAGAUUGCUGUAUAUAACAAGCGUAUACAACCUGUUGAAGAUGAAGAAGCAGAGCCAUCACCCCCAUGGGUGAAUUGUGACAAGGAAUAUAUUAUUGGUGAUGAGAUUCUUUCGCUGCAUCCCAGUCUGGAAUACAGUAUUCAUUUUCCCAUUGUGCGUGGUGACCUCAACAUCCACACUGGUCUGGGUGGUUCUAUUAGUGCUGUGCUGGCUGACCUAGAGACCAUCUGGGGUCACUCUAUCUCCACAGUUCUGAAUGUCCCACUUAAGGAUCUUAAGUUUUACCGUGCAGUGUUGAUUAUCCCUGACAUAUAUAACCGAGACCACAUAAAGAAGUUGACCAACUUGUUACUGAAUGGCUUGGGCUUUGGUGGCUGCUUUGUUUUACAGGAUCAUGUGGCUGCAACCUUUGGAGCAGGCCUGGGUUAUGCCUGUGUUGUGGAUGUUGGUGACCAGAAGACAUCAGUGUCGUGUGUUGAGGAUGCCAUCUCUCAUCCAGCUACAAGGCUUCGGCUUGACUAUGGAGGGUGUGAUGUCACUCAAGUGUUCUACUGGCUGUUAAAGAAGUGCGGCUUCCCACAUCAAGUGAAUCUCUCGAAGAAACUUGAUGCUAUGCUGCUCAACAAACUCAAACACGAGUUCUGUCAUGUUAAUCUGAAUGAAUGUGGAGCACAAGAGAAGACCUUCAGUGUACACACUCCAGGGGAGAUACCCUCCACAUAUACCAUCCAGAUGGGGGAUGAACUCAUUGUUGCAGCUCUUAGUCUCUUCUACCCUGACCUACUGAAGAUCACAGGUACAAAGGUUACUAUCACACAGAAACCAAACCCAGGUGACCCAGAUGAUCCUUUUGAUGAAAAUUAUCUCAGGGAAACAAGUAGACGAGGUGGCCGAGAAGCAGCAGAAGCAAUGGAGGUUGGAGGAGGUGAGGGAGGCGAUGCAGGAGAGGAAGACAUUGUUGUGGAUGAUCAACCAUUACCCCCAGCACAGGUGGCUCCUUCUACAUCUGUACGCAAUGAUUCAUCAGCAUUUUCUGGGACAGAGAAGCUGUUUUCCCUUGAGCAAGCUAUACUAACCAGUAUAGACAGAUGCCAAAGUGACGAAAUGAAGAGAAAAAUGUACAGCAGUAUUUUGAUUGUUGGAGGAGGAGCAAAAUUUAAGAGUAUUGGGAAAUGGCUACAAAGCAGACUGGCAUUACAGAUUCCUGUUGCAUAUCGUCCAGAACAAAUAGAGAUCAUCACACGUGCCAAGGAUAUGGACCCAUGUAUGACAGCUUGGAAGGGGGCAGCACUGAUGACCUGUCUAGAAGGAAGUAAUGAACUAUGGAUACAGCAGUCAGAGUGGAACAAGCAUGGAGUUAAGAUUUUGAGGGAAAAAUGUCCAUUUAUAUGGUAAAUUACAUGCAUACCAGUCUGUAUAACAUUCUGUAAUAAAAGAUAAACAACAUUCUUGA